CAGAAUCUGCUGCGGGGGAGCCUUUUGUUGAGCUCGCUUUUCUCGUUUUCUCUUUUUUUCUUCCAGUCCGAAACACAAGAGGAUGUAAACGGGUCGUUGCGCUAGCCAAGCCGAACUAAGCGACUGAUAAGCUUAUGACGAGUGCUUCGGAUCGGGAGCCCAGCUUCUCAGCGGUGUGCACUGCAAAAUGCGAGCAGGCAAGCAAUAGCGUGACUGUGGGGCAGGUACGAGUGGGUGAGCGGUGCGCGAUGCGACGACGGCUUUGUACCUUGCUUGCUUUUAAAGACGGCGUGCCUGGUACGCGUGCGACCCAACUUCCCGUUCCCUGUUCCUCAGUCUGCAUCCUUUGUUUGACGACUGGAGAUGCCGUGGCCGAAUAUGCGUCGAACUACAAUUGCCCUUUUGGCGACGACUGCACGCCUGGCCUGGGGCUCGACUAGUAGCGAGCAUGAUCAGUUCAAGGAUGUCCACUGGGACGACGAUAACUGGGUGCUGUCGACACCGAAUCUAGACCAAGGACACUACCAAUCGCGCUUGUCGCUGGCAAACGGCUAUUUUGGCAUCAAUGUUGCGGCGGUAGGCCCGUUCUUCGAAGUCGAUGAACCGGUCGAUGGAGAUAAUAUCAUUGGGUGGCCGCUCUUCAGCAGACGGCAGGCCUUCUCUACUAUCGCAGGAUUCUACAAUAGCCAGCCACGGACGAAUGGCUCCAAUUACCCCUGGCUGUAUCAGUAUGGCUGGGAGAGCUUUGUCGCUGGUAUUCCACACUGGAGUGGGCUCCUUGUUGAGGCAAACGGCGAGUUGCUGAAUGCUUCAGUCAACCCAGAGCAUAUUUCAGACUUCAUCACAAGUCUAGAUGUCAAAGCUGGCAUUGCUAGCUGGAGGUACAACUGGAAACCUGGAGGUUCUGGAGACGGUACCAUCGAUGUGGACUACCAGCUGUACAUUCACAAGCUCUACGUUAACAAAGCUGCGGUGCGGCUACGACUCACAGCGAGCCGCGAUCUCAAUGUUACGGUCUACGAUGUCUUGGAUGGCGACUGCGCUGUACGUUCUGACUUUGUGGAGAAGAAGUAUGAGGAGGAUACCCCAACUAUCUUCACUGCCGUCAAUCCGGGAAACAUCACCAACGUCACAGCAUAUAUCUACUCGACGCUAAGUGCCGAUGACUGGGUAGAUCUGGGUACGCGCAGCCAAGUCCGAGAAGGCUUCUUCAGUGGCGGCAACGGUUCGACUAUUGCGCAAUCUGUUCAAGUCGAACUAACAGCAUUCCGCCCGACUGAAAUCAACAAGUUUGUUGGAAUUGCAUCCACCGAUGCGUUUCCAGACCCGCAAGAUGUCGCAAAGACUGCCUCGGUCUCGGGAGCUAAAGAGGGUUACUACAAGCUCCUUCAUUUACACAUCGAAGAGUGGGAGUCUAUUUUGACACCGGAUUCGGUAGAUGACUACCACCUGCCAAACGGUUCCCUGCCAAACGAUCCGGAUGUCCUAGAGCUUCACAUUCUAGCACGCACGAACCCUUUCUACCUGCUGUCGAAUAUGGUCGGGCCCAACGCUGUGGCUGCAGCGGGAAAUAACACGCGGCUAGAUACUAACAGUGUGCCUGUCUGUGGACUUGGUUCGGACUGCUAUGCUGGCAUGAUAUUCUGGGAUGCCGACGUCUGGAUGGCGCCGGGUGUACAAGUGUCGCACCCGGAACAUGCCCAGAACAUCAUCAAAUACCGGGUAGCGCACUUCGAUCAAGCGCAGAAGAACGUCGAGACAGCUUACCAAUCGAGCAAGAACCAGACUGGCAGGUUCACUCCUGGUGGAGCAGUAUACCCAUGGACUAGCGCACGCUUCGGCAAUUGUACUGGAACUGGAGCGUGCUUCGAUUACGAGUAUCAUCUAAAUGGGGAUAUAAGCCUCGCUUUUAAUAACCAUCUCAUCAUCACUGGAGAUGGCGACUACUUCAAGGAGACGCUACUUCCCAUUUCGAACGCCAUCGCCCACUUUUUCGGACAACUACUAGACUUCAACGAGACAUCCAAGGCCUACGAGCUCUUCAACGCGACCGAUCCCGAUGAGUAUGCUAACCAAGUCAACAAUGUGGGGUUUACUACUGCACUUAUUCAGAAACACUUUCUCGAGACGAAUGAGUUCAACGCUUGGUUCGGUCUCGCGCAGAACGCUAGCUGGGGCGAAAAGUCUUCGCAGAUGCGACUACCUAUCAACGAAAACGCCGGCAUCAUCGUCGAGUACACAGGCAUGAAUGGCUCAGUCGAAGUCAAGCAGGCGGAUGUUGUGCUCGUCGAUGAUCUCCUGCAUUAUCCGAACCCUUACAGUCUGGCUAAUCUCGACUAUUAUGCUGCGAAGCAAUCGCUCGAUGGACCUGCGAUGACGUACUCGUCAUUUGCUGUUGUAGCCAACGAGGUGUCCCCCUCGGGUUGCUCUAGUUUCACAUACGACAUCUACUCCUCGUCGCCGUACGUGAGGGCGCCAUGGUACCAGUACUCUGAACAGCUCAUCGACGACGUCAAAGAGAACGGAGGAACGCAUCCUGCAUUCCCGUUCUUGACGGGUAUGGGCGGAACAAAUCGUGUCGCCAUCUUCGGGUACCUGGGCUUGGGAUUGUACUACGAUAAACUCGAUAUCGAUCCAUCGCUGCCCCCGCAAAUCGAGUAUCUGAACUACCGCACCUUCUACUGGCAAGGACAUGGCAUCAACGCGACUUCGAAUGCUACACACACAACUCUAAUUCGACUACCUCGCGAAAACUACACUCUCCCCUCGGCAAAUGUAACCUACUUCGACAAGCCAAUCCCCGUGACAGUCGGCACCCGCAGCAACCGCAACAACGGGACCUUCUCGCUCGGAGACGCACCACUAGUCAUCCCCAACCGCCCAAUGGGCCAGACCCUCACCGUCGCCGGCAACAUCCUCCAAUGCGGCACUCUCCUGCCCCCACCGCAGGGCAACAAACCAGGCCAAUUCCCCCUCGCCGCCAUCGACGGCGCAGCCAGCACAAAAUGGCAGCCCGAACUCUCAAACGUGACAAGCUACCUCACCGUCGACCUGGGAAACACCUCCUUCUACCCCAUUACAAAGCUCAGCAUGGACUGGGGCGCACAGCCUCCUUCGCACUUUGAUAUCCUCUUCUCUAAUUCCUCCCUGCCGCCGUUCUCUAGUUCUUCAUCGGAUAAUGUGCGUAAUGUUAUUUCCGGCGACGUACAGAUUAGUUCGCCGUGGGACCCUGUUACUGCGUUUGAGAUCAAGACGUAUGUGGGUAACCAGACGAAUAUUACGCUGGAAGAGGGUGUGUGGAGUGGGCGGUUUGCGCAUUUGGGGAUUCGUGGGAAUCUGGUUGGGAAGGAUGUGACUGAGGGGGGCACGGUGGCGGAGUGGAAUUUGAUUAGGGAGGGGUUUUGAGAAAUCUGGGUUGUGUGAGGAUGUAGGGGUGUUGGAUGUGUAGGUAUGAUUAGCUGUGUAAUGAGUAAUGAUUUCAAAGGUUCUUUGAAGAUGGUAGCGGGUGGGAUUGUGAUGUUUGGGCUUUCUUACCGAGUCAGUAAGGCAGUCUUGACUUCAAUCUAUCAAGCAUGGAGCAAUUCAUUGCAUCUACCAUCCGUCUGUUUGUAGGCUUUUAGCAACAACCUCUCUCUUAACAAAGCCAUUCCUUCGC